CAUACGUUUCUUUGCAAAUGAAUUCAAGAAUCGAGCCCCUGCUCGAAUGUGAUUGGUUCAUACCUGUGGGCUGUGGAUCCAACCAAUGAACUAAUAAUAUAUAACCAAUUUUAGUCGCUUUUUAGAACACAGAGUACUGAAGCAGCCGAGGAAAAUAUAAGCGCGGGAAAUAAAUGACCGAGUACGCAUGUACACGACCCGCGAAACCACCAACGUUCCAACAUCCUGCACUAUCGUGCGUGUCAUUUGUUUCUUUUAUUAAAAGUAAAGAGUUUACGGUGGUUUACGGUACAGAACGCCGAAAAGUCAAGAUUAAACAGAACUCAUGGAACUUAAGGAAAAACUUGCUGCCUUGCGGCGUAAGUCUUUCGAUCGUCAUUACAAUCGGUGUUUCUACGCGACCAUGUGUCAUGUUUGUAAGAAAUACGGCGACGGCGUCACGUUGAAGAAAUGCAGUCGCUGCGGAAUGAUGGCCUACUGCAGUCGCGAGCAUCAAAAGCAUGACUGGAAGCAGCAUAAACCCUUGUGCGACGCCAUACAGGACGUGCUGCGAAAGAGCAAAUCCGAUGUCGUCAAUAGAAAUCUUGAUGACACUGCAUUGGUGGGCUUCACGAAGGAGGUGUCAAUCAAGAUGGGACGUGAACUGAACGCCUCCGAGACAGACAUGUUGAUAUUUCCGAGAAAAUGUGCAGUUUGCCACGAACGAAACGGUUGGUUGCUCGAGGAUUGCCAGAACUACCUCUCCAUCAGCUUCUGCAAAGAUCACAGAGACAGCAUUAAUCACAAGGAUUCCUGUGCUCCCUUGUCGCUGUGUCUUUAUUUCAAUUUGCUAGAUGCAAGUGAAAAAUGGUCUUUGAACAUGGACUACCUGCGACAAGUUCCCAAACAGAAUACGUUUCAGAACAUGAAUGACUAUGUAGAUGCUGCAUUUUCGCUUUACACUGAAGACAUUCAGGCUUUUCCAGAAUUGUCACAUGACAACUUUCAACCCUAUCACUCAGAAUAUCUCACUUAUCCUUUAACGUUGUUUCAUGCUAUGCAAAUAUUAGACUUCAACUUAGAAGAUGGAAAUUUGAUUAUUCAUGUUGUAGUUGCGAGUCAUCUUGAAGAAAAUACUACGGAAGCAUGGGAAGUUCUGCUACAUUUUAUGGAGCCUGGAACAAUAUUGAUGAUAGUAAUGAUAGGAUCACAAUUAAAGCGUAAAUCCCAUUGUAAAUUAAUCCUUUGCGAUAACUGUGUAUUGUUACAGAAGCAGAUUUUGUUAGAGUUUCACAAUGUACUAUAUAUAGACUAUGUUCACAGCUUGUUGUAUGAAAAACCAGAUGUGGUUGUAAGAUUUAAUAUUGGUCUUGAAUUCCCAGAUUGUACGUCUACUAUAAUAAGUUGGACAUCGUGCAUACAGAUGUUAGCGAAACAAAAGUGUCCAUUAGUCUUUACACGUUGUAUGAAAUUAGAGCGGGAAGUAGAUAGAGUAAACGCCAUUCUAGAUAAGAAAGUAGACUAUCUUUAUAAUGGAAAGAAUCCAUUUGGUUGUUUAGCUCCACGUAGACACAUCUGGCCCAAGCAGGUGUUUUGUGCAAACCAUUACAUAACAGUCUACAGAAAUCUUUGUAAAUAACUGACAUGUAUAAUUUGGGCGACUGAUAAACUAAAAACCAUGUUUAAUAUUGAAAACAUUACAGUGCAUAUGAAGUAUAUAAAGUAAAAAUGGAACUGAAUUUGUAAACAUGUGAAUGAAAAACUAAUCCAACUCUAAUUUUGCUAAUUAAAUAUAAAAAAAAAUACAAAUUUUUCAUUUCCUAUUUUAUUAAAAAAUAUUUUAUUUUUUAU